CCUGUCUAACUACCAUCACAUACGCCCGCACCACACUGAAUCAUCCCUCGUUUUCUCGCAAAAAACCAGACUCCUCCAGUCCUCAAAGCGUAAAAACCUAACCCUAAGCCCGGAAAAGAGCUUGAGAAAACCAGUAAUCCAAGCAUGGUGUGCAUAAGGAAGGCAACAAUAGAUGAUCUGCUGGCUAUGCAAGCCUGUAAUCUGCUAUGUUUACCGGAAAACUACCAGAUGAAGUAUUAUUUCUACCACAUCCUCUCCUGGCCGCAGCUUCUCUAUGUCGCCGAAGACUACAACGGCCGCAUCGUCGGCUACGUCUUAGCCAAGAUGGAGGAAGAAUCUAACGAGUGUCACGGUCAUAUCACCUCUCUCGCCGUCCUCCGCACCCAUCGGAAGUUGGGCCUCGCCACUAAGCUUAUGAGCGCUGCCCAGACCGCCAUGGAACAGGUGUUUGGUGCAGAGUAUGUUUCACUGCAUGUUAGGAAGAGCAAUCGGGCAGCAUUCAAUCUUUACACAGAAACAUUGGGCUAUAAGAUUCAUGAUGUGGAGGCAAAGUAUUAUGCAGAUGGAGAGGAUGCUUAUGAUAUGCGGAAACAGCUUAAGGGGAAACAGAUUCAUCAUCACGGACAUCAUCAUCAUCAUCAUGGUGGUGGGUGUUGUGGAGGUGACACCAAGUCUCUGGAAGCAAGACCAGACCCAAAAUCAGAGGCAAAAGCUAGUGCAAAAUCAGAAUCAAAAGCAGGGUGAUGCUGAAAAAACAGUGUAUGAAGAACAAGCCAAUGCCCUUUUGUUAUGCGACUCAGAUUGUAGCCAGUAUUGUGGUUUGUUUAUGCUGGUAAUGCACUGAAAAACCUGGAUUUGCAUAGCUAUUUCUGUCAUCUCUUCUCCAUAUAUUGUGAUGAACAUCGUUGUAUAAUGGUUGUUGCAUCUUCUUCUUAGCUAGUACAUUUUUUGUGCCAA